GAGGAUGUAAAAGGAUUUCACAGACUAGAUUUGUCCUCAGUUCGAUUGUAUUAAGACAUUCCAUCAAAAUGGGCUCAGAACUGAGUGGGAAUUGGUUUGGGUGAGCAAAUUUCAUCACUGCAAUAUGUGACGGUGGUUAUUAUGAUAGAAGAGGACAAUGGCUGCGACUGCAAUCCCACGUUUGCGGCUGUCAGCAUUCGCGGACUCUUUUUCUCGGGCAGGGAGGACUGGUAGAACUUACAGCUACAAAGCUUGCUUGUUCUCAGGUCUUGAUAGAAAUGUGUCUAGUCAUCACACACCAGGAGAGGGAGAUGAAGAUUUGUUUGUGAGCAAAAAUCAAGAUGUUUGCUUGAAGCAUGAUUUAAUUGGUGAAAGAAAAUGUAAAACCAUAAAUGGAACUCUGCAACAUAAAUUAUUGAGAGACAAGAAUGUCUUUUUCAAUAAGGUAGUGAUCUCAAAGAAGUUGUCUGAAGCAGCUACAAAUUCAGAGAGAAAAAGACCUAACAGGAGUAAUAUAAAUGAGAAACCUAUUGUUUCUUUGGAAAAUGAAUCUAUGUCUAUUGUAGAAGACAUUGAACCAGUUGAAUAUUUUGAAAUGGGAAAACUUGAUUUAUAUGGCAAGCAAGAGUCUUAUAUACAACAAAUUGAGAGCCAUCUUUUGGAAUCUAAUUGCCAUGCUGAGUUACCUGCUCAGCCUUUAACAGAGCCCUAUAGCACAGAGCACUUUGAUGGUGUAGAUGGUUUAAAGAGUAGUCAUGAUACAUUUUUUACAUCUGGGAUAUUUGAUUCUACAAAAGGAUCUAUGCAAUUUGGUGAUGGGGCAGAUACUCUGUCGGACGACUUAUCAAGUAUAAGAGACGAAAUGAAAUCUACCAUAAAGAAGAAGGCAUAUCAAGCUUUGGCUGCAAGACAAUUUGUACUGGAAAUGAAGGCUUUCAUUUUCUUGCUAUUAUGUUCAUCCCUCAACUUAUUAUCCUAUAAAGUAGCAACAACUGAAAGAUCAUUGACAGCACUUCAGCUGAGAAGAAAGCUGAUUGGAAAGCAUUUUCCACCGGAUAUGGUUGAAGCUAUAAUCAUUGAUCUUCAAUCCAGUGGGAUACAGAGUGAUUCUGACUAUGCAGAAUCAUUUUCCCGCUCCAGAUGGUUGAGCUUAAGCUGGGGCCCAAAGAAGAUAAAAUCAGCACUAAUGCACAGAGGGGUAAGCAGAAGUGACGCUGAGAGAGCUCUUCAACAUAUAUUCAGUGAUACUGAUAAAAUGGAAGAAGAGAAAAAAUGGGGCAUGUCCGAUUCAGCUAGGGCACAUCUUAUGGCCCAGGCAACUAAAAAAUGGUUGCAAGGAGGAAACGUUUCAUUUCAGACACGUAAAACAAGAAUGAUAUGGUGGCUUCAGUAUAGAGGCUUCAACUGGGAUGUAAUCAAUCCUAUGUUGAAGGAGUUGCAGGCUAAGUAUCCGGUACACUAAACCAAAGAAGAUUUUUCUGAUUUGUGUCAUCAGCAAUUUUUGCCCAGAAUGGCUUCGAACCUUAAAAUAAUUGUACACCAGCAUAAUUUAUCAUUCUAAAGUUGUUUGAGAAUUAUUCUGAAACAUAUGGCAUAUGUUCUUGCAAUGUCAACUUGCUAUUCUAGAGGCAUUAGUUUCUAAAAUAUAAGUCUAUUUUUACAAUUAGGUAGA